CGAGCGCCGCGCCCUUCCCCGGCUCCAUGUCGGCGUGGCUCGGCCGGGCGGCGCUGCUGCUGGGGCGGCCGGGGGGCCCCGCCGCCGUCCCCUCGUCCUGCCUGGGCUCGCUGCGGGGCCCGCGGUGCUGCUGCCGCCGCCGCCUGAGCUGCCUGCGGGGCGGCGCCGAGGGGCUGCUCCUCCCGCGGGGGUCGCGGGCGCUCGGCACUCACCCCAAGAAGGAGCCGAUGGAGGCGCUGAACACAGCGCAGGGGGCCCGCGACUUCAUCUACAGCCUGCACUCCACCGAGCGGAGCUGCCUGCUGCGGGAGCUCCACCGCUUCGAGUCCAUCGCCAUCGCCCAAGACCCCAUAUCAGCUAGGGGAGGCUGUCAGCAAUAUGGGGAGACUUGGGCACAUCAAGAACCAAAUGGGGCAAGUUCCUCAGCCCGUUCCCAGGCCUACCACCAGAAGGAAGCAGUUCCAGCAGCUAAUUGCCCUAGCAGGAAAUAUGACAGGACACACUAUCUGUGGCCUCCGCUAAUGGCAGAGGCUGCGGGGAAACCCAUCCUUUGCUGCGGCUGCUACGCUCAAGGACAGUCCUCAGAGAAGUUGGAGGUUGCACCACCAUCUCCAGGACAACUGAGACAUGUGUUCUUCCACAAUGCAUUACCUUUUGUAGGGUUUGGAUUUUUGGAUAACGCAAUAAUGAUUGCUGCGGGAACCCAGAUAGAAUUGUCAAUUGGAGUUGUCUUAGGAAUUUCAACUAUGGCAGCUGCAGCUUUGGGAAACCUUGUUUCAGAUUUAGCUGGACUGGGUCUUGCAGGUUAUGUGGAAGCUUUGGCUUCCCGGCUGGGUCUGUCAAUCCCUGACCUGACACCCAAACAAGCUGACAUGUGGCAGACCCGGCUCAGUGCACACUUGGGUAAAGCUAUUGGAGUGACCAUUGGCUGCAUUUUAGGAAUGUUUCCUUUGUUGUUCUUUGGCGAGGAGGAAGAAAAACUGGAAGAAAAAUAAUAAUCUUUUUACAAGACAUAUACAAAUGUAAACUACUGUACCUCAAUUAUUCAAUUAUGCUGUCAAUAUUUAGGAAUUAACAGACAGUAAAAAAAUGUAUAGACUUGGGAACAAAACCUUCAGCAUGUCAUUUUAUGGAAACACUAAUUUAUUGUGGCCUUGUUGUGUUCAGUACUUCUUUUUAUAAGAUAUCAUCUAACUUUUUAUUUAAUUGUAAAUUUUUGAAGUGUUUUCACUUAUGGCAAGAUGUUUACCACUUUCCCCUUUGAACUUAUUCUUUAAUGGAUUAUUAUUUCAAUAAUCCACCAUGGAUGACAGUAUCACUCUUGAGUUGCAUAUUGGUUGCUUAACAGUUGUAAUUGCAUGACAGAAAUAUCACUGGUGUUCAUCAGGUCCUUCAAUGCAGAUUAUCAAGAAGAUCAGGGAUGAGUAAUUUGAAGUCCCUCACUUUGCAAGGAGACUGGUUGCCCCUCACCAGCCAUCAUUUUGCACUGCCUUAGAUUAGAUAUUUCAGUGAUCUUUGACAGUAUAGUUUCAUUUUUUCACAAUUCUGACUUAAGUGUCGCUGAAUUGUCUUCUGAUGAUCAUGUUGAUGCUUUGACAAGGUAAGUGUUUCCAGUGUAGGCUCUCUACCAAGUCCGUUUUUAAAGUGGUGAUUUAACAACCUUCUGUACUUCCAUAUUCAUGCCUCUUUUUUCCCCUUUCUAAACAAUGUUUUGUGAAUUGAGUUGAAAUAUCCUUAAUUUGUCUUCCUCUGUUUUGAGUGUGGUAUUAAAGAAUUCAGACCAACUGUUUCAAAACCACAAACAACUUUUUAAAUUAUUCUGCUUAAUAUAUGGUGUGAAUAAUUGAUUGGGUAGAUGAGGCCAGGGAACAGUUCAGGGUAUGAAUGAAUGCUGGCAUUGCAAGUUUGUUAUGAGUGCUUCAGUUGAAAUGAUAAGUGUACCAUCAGUCUGGAUUAGAGGACCUGAUUUGAUGAUAAUACCUUUGUGUUUAAGAUUAAGUCUUUGCUACUUUUUUUUUUUCCUGACACAAUUAGUUAAAAAAACCAAGCAACAAAAAUAGGAGAACUGAGGCCUUUUUACUUUUUUUUUUUUUACUUUUGUUUUUGUAGUCUUACUUGGCGUAUUAUAGACCUGUGCAGUAUCAUGUAACUGUGCUUUUAUAUGGUUAUGAAUAGAAUUAUGACAACUAUUGAAUAUUUAUAAUAUUUCAGGAUCUUACUUGCCAGUAGCAUAAUGCUAAACUGCUAAUUGUCCCUUAGAGGAGAAGUUUUCUUACUUGUUUGAAUACCACUUGGAAAAGCCACUAAAAAGUGGCACAGCCAGGGCACUUUGAAAGUUUUGUUGCUGAAAUUGCUAGCACUUCUGAAACCUAGAAAGAAAAGUUAAAAAAGAAAUCAAGUCCCCUGAUGAUUUUUAUUUGCUGUAGGAAAAGUCUUAUUGUUAUGUGCGUGUUUUACAAAACUCAUUGCUUAGCUCAUUGUUAUAAAUCUGACUUCCCUGUUCUGAUUUCUAGAAGCCCUUUAACAGCAAUACUGAAACUGACUUUAAUCAAGGUGGCACUUGGAUCUGUUUCUUAAAAAGCAGAUGUUGAAAGCUUGGAGUGAGUAGUCCUAAUAGUAUGUGCUGUACUUUGCACAUUAAACCAGGAAAAUCUGGACCAAGCUGUAAAACUGAAUGAAAGCUCAGCCAAGCAGCAAGCACAAAUGCAGAGGAGUUUCAGCUUGUGCUUCAAAGGUGGAAGCUUUAUUAAAAUAAAAUUAAAUUAAAAUCCAAAUAACAACAACCCCCACAACACUAACACAAAAAAAACCACCAAAAAAACCCCAACCCACAAAAACAACCUAGAAAGGCAAUUAUGCACUCUUUCACCAACAGAUUGCUGCUGGUUUACAGUAUUUCAGUGUUCAGAGGUUUUUUUACUCAUCCACACAUUUGUCUUCCCUUGAACUUUUAACUUUUCUGCCUCUGCAUGCACUUUUGUUUCUAUACAAAGCUGUAUGUAUUUUUCACAUUUUUCUUAAACUGAAGUACAAGUCAGAGCAAUUUUGCAUAGCUUCUUUUCUUGCUGUUUUUACAAUUACUUCAACACUGUUUCCCAUUACAAUACUGGCAGCUUGAUUGAAAUCUUCCAGCAGUGGCCAAAUCUCUGUUCUUUGGCAUUGUACCAUUGCAACACCGUUUUCAUCACUCUGUUACAGCUCCUGAGAACAAUUGGAAGGUUGUGCCAGCUGUCACAGUAUUUGUUUCAUAAUGGCAAUAGGAACGACUGUGUACUAUUGUUAUAUAGCUUGUGCAUGUAAAUUGAGUACCUUUUGUUGCUGUAUGUCAAACUAUUGUACUGCAACCAGUGCUUUUAUUGAGAAUCAAUGAACUAAAGUAUCUUGAAAGAAGUUAA